AUGCUGAGUCAAGGAGACUCACCAGCGCCUCUUACUGAAGAGAAUCUCCAGAAACAUCAAAGACAAACAACUCGACAUCAAACUUCUCUAAAAGACACCAUAGCAAGACAAGCUAGUUUUCGAUCGGCGGGGGACGGAGAAAGUACAGACUUUGUAAGCGAUGAAGCAAUUUUGAAGGACUCACUCCACAAAGAGGAAAGUAAUGAAAAGGAAGCAAUUUGUGAUGAGAAAGAAAAACAAGAGAGCAACUCCGCCAACAUUGUUGUUUUGGAAGACAUGAGUAAACGAGAGAAAACAAGAUCACCCAAAAAUUUAACUCAGAAGGAUACAAACUUGAAAAUAAAUCAACCAAGCGGAAGUGAAAAUGCUUCGGAUAAAUCGCUUGAAGUGGAGAAUAAGAACUUUGAAUCAGAGGAUGAAGGUAACAGCGUUCAUGCUGAUCGCUCUGCAAGCGAAAACAUAGAGAAUGACGAGGAUUCUGAAGAAGAUUCCGAUUCAUCAAGUUCUGUUGACAGUGACAUCGACUCUGUUAUCGCCAAGGAAAACAAAACUGAUGAAGAGAAUGAAGAUUCGAGCAAGGAUACCGCCAGAACCUCUCGUUCAUCAUCUUCCCUGGUUGAGGAUGAUAAUGAGGAUAAUGACGACGAUGAUGACGACGACGAUGACGAAGAUGAUGAAUCUGAGGAAUCAGAGCAAAUAGAAGAUGAAAAAAGUGAGAACGCGCUGACUCAUUACACCAGUAGUUUAAAUGCUAGUAUGAGCAGCAUCCCGACAAUUUAUGAUGACACUAGAGACAUAACUCCUCUUGAAACACCAAACAGGGAGGACGAAUCGUUUGAGCAAAAUCAGGAAGAGAACGUGGAGCGUGAGGAAGAAGGCAAAGUUGUAGGCGAAGAAAUAAGUAUAAACGAAGAAGAGGAAAUAAAAGUAGAAGAGGAAAUACCACUAGAAACCCAACCACCAAUGAGUGAUCAUGAAGAGGACAAUUAUACUCCACCCGGUAGUAGACAGGUUAGCGGGCGCUCUGCCACCCCUCUCACUGUCGUAGCGAGUGAAUUUGACGAAGUGGAGAGCACAAUAUUUGAUCGGAGAGAGUUGAGCCCACCUUGCAGCAGCCAGCGAGAUAAACUGACGCCCAGUGAGAGCAGUGGAAAUUCUGAAGUUACAAUAAAAAACUGGGCAGGAUUUGGACAGGAAUAUGUUACGAGUAAAGGAGAUAGUACGCAAAGUGUGGCUCUGAAUAACCAUGUUAAUCCUAAGGAUAAAAAGCGAUUGAAAUCGAAAAAGGCACGCGACGCUAAAAGGCAUGAUUUAAUUGAGAAAAAUUAUUCAACAAAUAGAGAACAAAAGAAUCAACCUUCUUCAAAAAGAAAAUCUAAGAGACCUAACGUUAAUUCCAGAAAAGUAGGACUUGUAAGACAGACUUCGCUCAGCAGUAAUGAUUCUGACGUUGAUAAACAACAGAGAGUAAAACGUAGGAAAAAGAGACCUGUAAAACAGGUUUCAUUUGCCAAGUCACAAACAGAAGAUGUCGCUAAAACAAACACAAGUGACUCUGCUUUUAACGGAAGUCGUACAGAGAGUAGAGGAGAAGAAGGGCAACCAAGCCCCAGGCCACCGGAAAGCGAACAAAGUGACAGAGCGAGCAGCCGCUGGAGCGCUGCGGAAACUGAACGCGCGUCAAGCACGGCAACCAGGCCUGUUAGUACGGCCCAGUCUCCACGCAGUUACUUCUCCUCCUCAAGGCAGACGUCACUUGUUGAGGAAGUGACAUUUGUUAAUUAUGCACCAAUAAUUAAGGGCAAGAGGAAACAACUUCCUUCAUUGAGAGGUAUGUAG